UUUCUGUCUGGAAUCAUUAACUUGGGAUUUUAAUAACAUGGUUUCGCUGUGGACGCACUGCGUUUUCUUCCUGACGUGCUGCUGUGGAUCAGGGUUUGGAAGCUCUAACAAAUGCGACGAAGUGCGCAAAGUUUUCCAACUCAGGCAAAUCGGACCAAAUCAGUUGCUGCCUUUAAGUCCCAGACCAGGUUCAGACCUCCAGGUUUGUGCGUCCAAAAAUCUGACGUGCUGCACGAAAAAAAUGGAGGAGAAGUACCAGGUGGCGGCCCGGAGAGAUAUCCAGAACCUCCUCCAGACGUCCAGCUCCAGCCUCAAGUUUCUCAUAUCGCGCAAUGUGGCUGCUUUUCAAGAGACAUUUGAGGUUCUGAUGAGGCAGGCGGAGAAUCACACUUUUGCUGUCCUCCACCAGUCAUACCACAACAUGGCUGAUGAGGCCAUGGGCGCUGUGCGGGAACUCUUCACCGACAUCGGACUCUUCCUGCUGGGGUCCGAGCUCAACAUUGAUGAGUUGGUGCAGCGGUUCUUCGAUGCUCUCUUCCCAUUGGUCUACAAUCACCUCAUCAACCCCGGCCUCAGCGACAUAUCACCGGGCUACGCCGAGUGUGUGAGGUCACUGAGCCGUGAUGUCAGACCGUUUGGUGGGGCGCCUGGCCUCCUGGCUGAUCAGAUUGCUCGCUCUGGGGUCUCCGGGAAGCUUCUGCUCCAGGCGCUGCACCUCGGCAUCGAGGUCAUCAAUACCACAGACCACUUACAGCUGAGCCGUGAGUGCAGGCGAGCGCUGCUCAAGAUGCAUUUCUGUCCUCAUUGCCAGGGUUUAACUCAGUCCAAGCCCUGCAUGGGUUACUGCCUCAAUGUGAUGCGGGGGUGUUUGGCAAGCAUGGCCGAGAUCGACACCCACUGGAGGGAGUUUGUUCGCUCGCUGGAGGGCCUGUCUGCAAGGAUGUACGGACCUCAGGAUCUGGAGCAAGUGCUUCUGGGAGUACACAUGCUGCUUCAUGAUGCUGUUGGACAUGCUCAGAAAAAUGGACCCCGCGUCUCAGCACAGGUGCACAAACUGUGUGGCCCACCAAGCAGGAAGCCUGCACAGUCAGUCAGCAUUCAGCACGGCAUCAGCAGCAGCAGCAGCAGCAGAGAAUCCAUCCCCGUUAAAGCUGCUGUCAGAGUGUCAGCAGACUCGCUUGCUGUCAAGAGGAGGGACUUUCUGAACGGUCUACGUCUCUACCGCACUUACUAUGGUGGCCUGGCGGAUCAGCUGUGUGUGAGUGAACUUGCAUCUGGUGACGGGCUGUCCUGCUGGAAUGGAACCGAACUUGUUAAAAGCUACACCCUCCGUGUUGUCGGCAAUGGGAUCAAAGCUCAGAGCGCCAACCCUGAAGUCAAAGUGAAGGGAGCAGAUCCCGUCAUAAAUCAGAUCAUUGACAAGCUGAAACACAUCAAUCAGCUGUUACAGGGAAAGUCCAUCCCUAAACUGGGAUCACUGGACCAAAUUGAAACGGGAAGCGGCGACGCAGAGGGCCGUUAUAGUGGAGACUGUGAUGACGAGGACGGCUGCAGCGGAUCAGGUGGAGGCGAAGUUAAGAGGAAAGUCUCCAGAGUCUCCAAAUUGAGUCCAGAUGUGACCGGUGAUCACAAACAUCAUCAUCAUUAUCAUCAUCCACCUGCCAAGGAUUCAGAAAUAGAGGGCAGAUCCAGGAGCCUCAGACUGACAGGAGCCAUCUGGGUCCUAGUAUUGCCAUGUUUACAUAUGCUCCAGGCCUUGUAACAGCUGCCUUUUUUUCAGCGGGAAACUUUUAGACUUGAUUUCAAACUUAUGUAUCCAUACAUGAAAGGGCCAGUGGAUGUAACAGGCUCCAGUAUAUCACGGACCUCAACACUUCCACACAGUGCAGGACACGGUAGGAGUGAACACUUAUCGUGUGGAAAUCGCAAGACUCCGUGGGUGAUGUAAGACGGCAUAUGAUUCAGCUUUACAAACAUGGAUUCAUUAU